GUGUCUGAGACUGAAGUCACCAUGAGUGACGAGUCGCUCGUGAAAGAUUUGUUCGUUUUGUUUGACUCAGGAAUGAUGAGUUGUAUCAGUGAGUGAUUCAUUCGUUUUGUCUCGGGCUGCUCAGGCUCGGUUUCAUUCACGAACAGGUCUUUCAGGUCGUUCACUUGUCACAUGACUGAUCAGGACGACUGAUUUGUUCACAAAUCAUAACUACAGGUCUUCGGGUCUUCAGGUCUGGCUGAACGGCGUGUGUUAAUGACUGUAAUGAUGAGAGGGAGUCGAACUCUCACCUGGUGGCUCGUGAUCACAUCCCUCUGGCCCACAACACCGCCAUGGGCAGCAGCAGUCCGAGCUGCACCAGUCCCAGCAGCCGGGGUUCCAGCUCGGAGAACUCUCGCUCCACCUUCAGCCUCGCACGCCAGUUCUCCAGUCUGGACUCGCGGCGUCCCAGCUCCCCGCUAGUGGACACGAAGCCCAUUGAAUUCUGGGCCAUGUCCCCGAGGAAGGAGGCGGUCCAGCCCCUGCGCAAACCGCAGCCUCCUCUGGACGACUAUUUCCGCAAGCUGGAGCCACGGCUGUACUCGUCCGAGUCUGGUGGAGAUGACAUGGACUCUCUGAGCGACGAGGAGCUCCUGCUGCGCUAUCAGCUCGGCCUCCUGCACUUCAGCACGCAGUACGACCUCAUACGCUGCCAGCUGAUUGUGCGUGUGAUCGAGGCACGGGACCUGCCUCCUCCCGGCAUGGGCGUGGCUCACUCCAACCCCUACGUCAAGAUGAGCCUCCUGCCUGACCACAAGAACUCGCGGCAGACCGGCGUCAAGCGCAAGACGCAGAACCCUGUAUUCGAAGAACGCUUCACCUUCGAGCUGCCCUUCCUCGAGGCCCAGCGCCGGAUGCUGCUGCUCUCUGUGCUGGACUUCGACAAGUUCUCACAGCACUGUGUCAUCGGCAAAGUGAUGCUCCCACUCAGCGAGGUGGACCUGGUGAAGGGGGGACACUGGUGGAAGGCUCUCGUGCCCAGCUCACAGAACGAGGUGGAACUCGGGGAACUGCUGCUCUCGUUAAACUACUUGCCGAGCGCUGGACGACUCAACGUGGACGUCAUCAGGGCCAAACAGCUGCUGCAGACCGACAUGUGCCAGGGUUCAGAUCCCUUCGUUAAAGUUCAGCUGGUGGCCGGACUGAAGCUGGUGAAGACCAAGAAGACGUCGUGUAUGAGAGGAACCAUUGACCCCUUUUUCAACGAGUCCUUCAGCUUCCGGGUGCCUCAUGAGGAACUGAGCGAGGUUAGCCUCGUGUUCACAGUUUAUGGCCACAACGUGAAGAGCAGCAACGACUUCGUGGGCCGCGUGGUGAUUGGUCAGUUCUCCACGGGACCGGCUGAGACCACGCACUGGCGGCGUCUGCUGCGUUCCCAGCGGACACCCGUGGAGCAGUGGCACAGCCUGCGGUCCCGCGCCGAGUGCGACCGCGUUUCUCCCGCCUCACUCGAGGUCACAUGAUCCUCACACAGCACGCCGAUGAGUGGAGGCAGGAAGUGUGGACCAUUUGAUGGGUGGGCGGGGCUUCACUUGAAGGACAAAUGAUAAGACAAACUAAAUAAACGAUGGGAUCUGAAGCCGACCCAUAUUCUGGUCUGGUGUUGGUGGACUUUAUUCAGAAAGCUGGACUGCUGAGACAGCAGAGCGUUUGUUCUUUAUCACAUUGAUCCUGUCGUCAUGGAGACGGUAAUGACCUCAUCAUCAGGCUGAGAUCAGUGGGAUCGCUCCUCCCCUUUUUUUCUAAUCAGUGAUCAUGUGGCUGUUGUGUUCGGUUCCACACCAUGGGGUCUGACUGUGUGAUGGAAAAUUCUGUGUAGAAAUAAGGCAGAUGAUCAUCAUGUUAUAUUUUCACAGGUUUUUUUGUAGCCAAUCAGAUUAGAUCAGAUUAGAUCAGAUUAGAUCAGAUCCUCUCCUCCCCUUUAAACCAACUGUCUUCUAAAGUUCAAUGUUUCUCGUUAACUUUAAAACUCAAUCUCCAGUCAGUUCAUCUUCUCUUCCUCUGAAACACCGUGUCCAGUCAAAUCCCAUCAUCUCACUGCCUUUAAAACAACAAACAUCAUCACAUUAAAUCAACACAAACGCGCUGAAUCUUUCAUUCGAACCAAAAUCGAAAGUUCUUUGUUGCUGUAUGUCUGUACGCUGGCUGUUUGUUCCGUCUGCUUUUACUUUUUCAUCCCUUCAUGCUGAUUCACGUUCAGUAUUCAAGGAGGCUUCUCAGCCACUGCUGCGUAAAAUAUCAGCGCAAACAGAGUUCAGAUCACGAGGGCAUGUCAUACUGUGCGGUCACCUGACGACCACGACUGCCACUGAUUGGCUGCAUGAAUCUAUAGUCUGGGCCAGAAAGAAAUCAGCCCAGAUUUUAACUUCACACAUCUUCAGAUCAUCGUGUGUAGUUUUUAUGACGGCCUGUUGGUGGCGUUGUUGUGCUCACAGCCACAAAAAUCCCAAAUAAUCCAGAUUUAGGGAUUCGUUCAGAGUGAAUAAUGUAUUUGGAGCCUAAAGGUAUGUUUUAUUUUGAUGUCUGAAUUGAAAGCUAGCCGAGUUUUUUUUUUUAUACAAGCUGAGAAUAACAUUUGGGUGAAACAUAACGGAAAUAGCAAAACUCUGUGAAAGGACGCCAAACUGAAUUAGUAAUAACACAAAAUCACAUGCAAACAGCGCUGAAGGCUCGAGAUAGCGUCCUUCAUACACGUUCCCACAAUCGUGUUUGUCUUGAGUGUAAAGGUCCGACGUGUUUUAUGUGGGUUUUUUUUCAUAUUCUGGCGUGAGAUGGAAAUGUUUUUGUUGUUGCAGUAGAUAAUAUAUACGCUGCAGACGUCUGUGUCUGUUUUUCAUCUCCAUGUUGUCGUGUCUCGUCCUGCCUCGCGUCUCUGUCUGGCUCAGAAACACGUCUAGACGAUCGCCGUAACGCUGGAAUCAACGUAGCUUGAUAUUGUGCCUGUCUCUUUGCGCUGGAUGUGCCUCGUAGUGAAACUGUUCACACUCUGUCUGUACAAAUCACACUGUUAAUAUUUAAUUAAAGUGGAAAAAACCUACCUUAGAAAAUAACGAACAUGUGCCAGUGAAGAUAUUUAUUUAGAUAAACUUAUUGCUCAACAUAUAGAUGUAUAUUUAUCUCUUAAGACACACACACACACACACACACACACACACACUACUUACACUGUGUAUGAAUUAAAAGACUUGAACAAAUAUGUGAUGCGGGAGAUUUAAGAGAAAAAAAUAUACCACAAAUA